AUGUCUGAAUCUGCAUCAAUUGCAAUCCAUCUCGUCUUUUCUUUAAAAAUACCUCCUACUGUUGAUUUUCCAAUUCCGAAUUCUUUGCCAAUUUGUUCAUUUGUUUUGCAAAAUUAUCAUGAAGUUUACAUUAAUUCUUCUUGUUCUCGUCGCCAUAAUUUUCAACGCCUUUAUCGUCACUUGGGACGGAAAAGAGAUGCGCCUCUUCUUUCAACUUGGAAGGAAGGAAUUGUUGUUACAAGUGCAAACUCAUCAUCUCUGAAAAAACAGGGAGGUGAUUGUCCAAACGGUUUUUCCCCAUGUCAGAAUGGCGGAUGUUGUCCUAAUGGUCAAAUAUGUACUGGCAACAACCAAUGCUCAGGUUCAUGUCAGUCUAGUGAUCCAGUUUGUGGUAAUGGUUGCUGUAGAUCAGAUGAAAUUUGUUGCAGUGGUACUGUUAAUUUUUGCUGUCUAGCAGGCCAAACCUGUGGUGGAUCAGACUACGAAUGUAACACACAAAGUUUCCCUACCGACAGUUCUAUCCCUACAGCUACCCCUACUUAA